AUAAUUAAAAGAAAUUCCUUGUAAAAAUUGAAGUAGUUAAAAGCUCAAUUCUUGCUAACCUGGUCGGAGCUCCAAUGUCGAAACCCUAAAAUUCAAUGGUCAAUUUUGAUCUUAUUCAUGUGCUUUUCUUCUUCAUCCUGUAUUCGGUGUUAGAAGUACUCAUCACAUCAAUAAUGGAAGACUACAGAUUGAUCGAAACAGAAGAAUAUCAAGAAGGUUUCGAAAAUGAAGAGGAAGUGGAAGAGGAAGAAGAAGAUGAAGAGGGAGAAGAAUUGGGGGAGUUGAUUCCGAGGGUGAUACCUAUCGACUCAAUUGAAGACGAGGAUUAUGAAGACGAAGAUGACUACGAAAAUGACAAUUACUGGGACGAGGAUGAGGAUUAUUGGGACGAGGACGACGAAGAUGACGAAGACGAAGACGAAGAACCAGAUGAGUUGAUUCCGGUGGAGAUAACGUCACUGACUAUUUCAAGCUCUAUUUCCAAUGGUAGAUCAAUCAACGAUGGCUAUCUGAACGAUUCAAAUGAUCUGGAGUCGUGUGAAGGAAAGGAAUCAUUGAAUAGAGGCGAAAUUGAUGGUUUAUUUUGCCCUAUUUGCUUUGAAGCUUGGACUAGCGGUGGAAGCCAUCAAAUCUGUUGUCUUCCCUGUGGGCAUAUAUAUGGAUUAUCAUGUAUAAACAAAUGGCUUCAACUUCGUCGAAGUUCUGGGAAGUGCCCUCAAUGCAAGAAGUCGUGCACAUUGAAGGAUGUUAGAGUUCUUUAUGCUGCUAGGCUUUGUGUUGCUGAUGAGGAGUUACACAAGAAAGUGAGAUGUCUUGAAGCUAAAUGUGCUUAUCUUGAACAGAAGGACUAUGUUGAACGCAUUAAGGAAGAGUUACGUGAAGAACUGGAACGAGAUAUGGAUGAAAAAUGGGAAAAAUUGAAGAGAGAAAUGGUGGAAAAAAUGGAUAAAUUGGAACGAGAUAUGGAGGAAAUAAGAAUGGUGAAUGAGAUUGAUGAGUAUGUUAGAAAUCAAAAUCAAUUACAAACUGCAGAUAAUCUGAAUGAACAUGAUCAAACUAGUGGUACAAGAUAAAGCUAGAAUUAUCAAGUUUGUUAUUGUAACAUUUGUAUUUUAUAAUAUUGGUUUUUGACUUCAAUAUAUAUAUAUAUAGAGAAUUUAUCAUUUUCUGA